UAAGAUGAGGAGGGUGAUGUCAAGUUUGUGUUGAAAAAUUAUUAAAUUGUCGACGUUUUUGUGAAACAAUUAUGUGAAUAAUGAGAUGAAAGUGUAAAUAAAUGUUUUAUUAGUGUUUUCUAUUGAUUAUGGCGCAUAGUGGUGGUGUUUUGAGUUCCGAUAUAUCAAGAAGGAAUCCACAAGAUGAAUACGAGUUGGUCCAAAGGAUUGGUUCGGGAACCUAUGGCGAUGUCUACAAGGCAAAACGCCUCAAUGGCAACGGCGAACUUGCUGCCAUCAAGGUGAUCAAGCUGGAGCCGGGUGACGACUUCGCCAUCAUCCAGCAAGAGAUACUGAUGAUGAAGGACUGUCGUCACCCGAACAUCGUAGCGUAUUAUGGCUCUUAUUUGCGCAGAGACAAGCUCUGGAUCUCUAUGGAGUAUUGUGGUGGAGGAAGUUUGCAGGAUAUCUACCACGUAACUGGUCCGCUGACUGAAAUUCAAAUCGCAUACAUGUGCCGGGAGACACUCACUGGUCUCUCCUAUCUGCAUAGCAUGGGCAAGAUGCAUAGGGAUAUAAAGGGCGCCAACAUACUUCUAACGGAAUGCGGUGAUGUGAAGUUGGCCGAUUUUGGAGUAUCAGCACAAAUCACGGCAACGAUCAACAAGCGAAAGUCCUUUAUUGGAACCCCGUACUGGAUGGCGCCUGAGGUGGCCGCAGUGGAGCGGAAGGGAGGGUACAAUCAGCUCUGUGAUAUUUGGGCUUGUGGGAUCACUGCUAUUGAGUUAGCAGAGCUCCAGCCUCCGAUGUUCGAGCUCCAUCCAAUGAGGGUGUUGUUUCUGAUGUCCAAGUCGGGCUUCAAACCUCCGCAGCUUAAAGAGAGAGAGCGCUGGUCGCAACUAUUUCAUGGAUUUCUCAAAUUGGCUCUCACCAAGAAUCCUAAGAAGAGACCCACCGCUGAUAAAUUGUUGCAGCACCCUCUCUUCCAACAAGAGAUGAACAAGAGACUGGCGAUAGAUCUCCUUCAGAAAUAUUCCAACCCACCCUCACUUUGUAAUAACCAGGAGUUGGACGAAGAUGGGGCGAUAUCCAACGUGCCUCAACGUAUAGCAUCAAAGCACACCGGGCGUGGCGGAAGGCGUGUGCUGGCAGACCAGCCUCCGAACAGCAUUAGGCCUAGGAGUUUGAUUGAUGACGAUAUUAUGACGGCAUCGAGAGUUCGGUUAAUGGAGGAAAGUCGCGAGAGGCGUAGCGGCGCAUACGACGACUCACCCAUCAUAGACUUGGACGCGGAAGACGACCUCAGUCUCGCCUCUAUGCCUAAAGUUAUCAAUUUCGCUGCAGACCUUAAUAAUAGCGGGGAUACUGUUAAACGGAAUGCAUACCAUAGACAAACCAGUGAAGAGUGGAGCGUUGCAUCGCUAAUGACCUGUCCCAAACACAAUCCCCUCACUCAGGAGUUAUCGUCAGACUCGAUAUCUACUAGUGAAAACAAGUGGUGUCGGGUGAUCACUGGGGAUGAUAUUAUGAGAAUGAGUUUGAGGAGCCUCUUACAGUAUAUUGACGAAGAGUUAAUGCUCAGGGCGACACUACCUUUAACUGCAGAUACGGCAGCCAUGUCACAGGCUGGCAACAAUCUGUCAAUACACGAUCACCACCUCUCCCAAUGCAUACAGCUAAAGCAGAACUUUUUAAAUAAUUCUACUACGAACGUCUAUCAAAGUUUAACGAGCUUUCAAACGCCAAUCGGCUCCUCUUCGGCGUCCAUAAACGAACAAUUGUGUAAGAAAGACGAAAUAAUGUACGCCGAUCAUCAGGACUCGGAAACUCCAAUCAACUCGAAUUGUGAGUGUGGUUUGUGCCCGAAACCGGAAUCAAAAGACGUGAACACCCUUAGUGAUUUACAACGCUCCGUCGCACCGAAGUGUUCCUGUGACUCCUGCAAUUCGAACGGUGACAUUUUAAGCUAUUACCGGCAUUGCCCGAACCAAAAUCAAGACUCCGGUAUAGUUAUCUGUGAGGUGUGCAAGAAACAAAAGAUUUCUGUGAGCAAUUUUCGCGCUCUGCAGAUCGCAAAUCGUUUACAAAUAUCGGAUUCGGGCCAAAUUGAAAAUGGCGGUUCUGAUGACGAGUUGUGUCGGAAAAUCGACAUAAGUUUAAAUAUGGAUGUACAAGAGCAUAGAAAGAGGCAUAAUAGGCACAAUUCGGAUUCGGUCACGGCGGGGAUAGAUUUGAAUCAGUUCUGUCAAUGUGAACUGGAUAACUCUGGUAGUAAGAGGAAAACUUCGUCGGUGGACGAAAUUUUCAAGAUGGCAGAGGAUGGUGGGUCGAGUCAAGAGUUGAAGGAUGAUGAGGUGAAAACGAGUCAACGGCAACGAAGCUUAUCAGAUAGUCAACGGGACAAGGCGAAAGUUGAUGCCGAAGGUAGUAGUACACCUCCCGUACCUCCUCGACGAGCAAGGGGUAGACGAGUUCGAAGCCCAGUGCGACCAGCGCCCAACGGACUACCGCCUACACCCAAAGUGCACAUGGGUGCUUGUUUCUCUAAGGUGUUUAAUGGCUGUCCGCUUCGGAUAAACUGCACAGCAUCUUGGAUACACCCCGACACCAGGGAUCAGCAUAUUCUCAUAGGUGCGGAGGAGGGUAUCUACACGUUGAACUUGAACGAGCUACAUGAGACUGCUAUGGAUCAACUCUGCCCUCGAAGGACGAUUUGGAUGCACGUCAUUAAGGAUGUUCUUAUGUCGCUUUCUGGUAAAACCCCCUGCCUGUACCGGCACGAGCUGUUGGUGUUAACGGGUAGUGGGCGGGCGGGGGCUGGCAGAUCCCUUCGCGUGCUGCCACCUCGGCUUCUCCCCAGACGGUUCGCGCCUUCCACGCGCGUCCCCGACACCAGGGGCUGUACCGUGUGCGCAGUAGUCCGUAACCCUUACAAUGGUUACAAGUACCUGUGCGGGGCCACACCCGCUGGAUUAUUCCUCAUGCAGUGGUACGACCCUCUACGGAAGUUCAUGCUGCUAAAGAACAUCGAAUGUGUACUACCCUCGCCGUUACUCGCUUUCGAGUUAAUCAUAACUCCGGAGCUUGAGUAUCCACUUCUUUGUGUGGGCGUCACGAGGAAACCUAUACGGCUUAAUCUAAUUAAUAUUAACUCGGGUGCGAGCUGGUUCCACUCGGACGAGCUGGAGGUCCGCCCUGGGGGCUCAAACACCGUGAUACCGAGGCCUGAGAGGCUUCACACGCUUAGAGCUGUGCAUCAGCUGAAUAAGGACGCGAUACUUGUGUGUCACGAAAACGUAGUGGACAUAAUCCCAGUGCUUCCCGGGUUCGAUUCCCGGCGACAAGACGACAAGCGGAGGAGCAAGUUGCCGCAGAGACUGCAGUUCGACUUCCAGAUUGAUAGCAUAUUGUGUCUAGCGGACUCAGUGCUGGCCUUCCACCGCAACGGCAUGCAAGGACGGUCCUUGAGGAACGCUGACGUCACUCAGGAAAUAGUGGACCACUCGCGCGCAUACCGACUCGUCGGACACGACAAAGUUGUAGUACUAGAAUCGCACGUCCUCCAAAACAACACGCUCUCAGGCGAAGACGGGAAUGAUCUAUAUAUUUUGGCCGGACACGAGGCCUCAUACUAGGUACCCAUUGUCGCGGCCAAUCUCUAUAGCAUAAUUAUGUUUUAAAAUAUUGAAAAUCAAAGGUAUUUUGAUGGAGGUAUAUAUAUUGGCCGUUAUUUCUUUUUAAUCAAAAUAUUUUUCUAAUUAAUAGUUCUGCGUUCCUUGUAUGAUUAAAAAGUUUGUAUACUAUUACCCCGUAUCGA